GAAGUUGAAUGGGAGUCGAGCUGGAUGUUCGGAUCGGAGCGGUUCGAUUUGUUUCUCGGUCGAGCUAAGGAAUUAUUAACCACAUAAGCAGCAAAUGAUGGUGAAAAGUGCAGUUCGGUCCCAUAAAGUUGAUUAGAAAUGUGUCUUCGAUUAGAAAGUGCCGGAUUUCUAGCCGAGCGUUAAUAAAUGCGAUCUGUUCGGUGGGUUUCCGUCUCGUGGUGCCGCCGAUACAAUUAAACGCGGUGAAAAGAUCGGCUCCUCGUCACCUUUUUCGCCGCUGGGAACAAACAGCCGAAGUCCGACUCGCGUCCUGGACCGACGUGAUGAUCCCCGGGUGUCCCCGGAGCGCCGAGAGUCGACGCCGGAAUGAGUGCUGCGGCAAGACCGCGGAACUGAGCCGCAGUGGGAGCGGGAGCCAAAGCCGGCUGGGGCUGCUGUCCGAGAUCCAGACGCCGGUGAAGACGGAGCCGUUCAGUGAACGUUACAGCCUGGUGCCCGGCAAAGAACUCGGGAGGGGGAAGUUUGCUGUGGUGAGGAAGUACGUGGAGAAAUGCACGGGAAAGGUGUACGCCGCCAAGUUCAUGAGGAAGAGGAGGAAGGGCCAGGAUUGCCGCCUGGAGAUCAUCCAUGAGAUCGCCGUGCUGGAACUGGCCACCACCUGCCCCUGGGUGAUCAACCUGCACGAGGUGUACGAGACGCCCAGCGAGAUGAUUCUGGUGCUGGAGUACGCAGCCGGUGGGGAGAUAUUUAACCAGUGUGUGGCAGAGCAGGACGAGGCCUUCAAGCAGGAAGAUGUCAAGAGGCUGAUGAGGCAGAUUUUGGAGGGUGUUUCCUUCCUCCACAAGAACAGCGUGGUGCAUCUGGACCUCAAGCCUCAGAAUAUACUUCUGACCAGUAAUUCUCCUCUCGGAGAUAUAAAGAUCGUGGACUUUGGGCUGUCGCGCAUGAUGAGCAGUAAACAGGAGCUGAGGGAGAUCAUGGGGACCCCAGAGUAUGUGGCUCCAGAAGUUCUGAAUUACGAGCCUAUAAGUACAGCAACAGACAUGUGGAGUAUUGGUGUUCUGGCCUAUGUGAUGUUGACGGGUACUUCUCCAUUCCUGGGCGACGACAAGCAGGAGACGUUUCUCAACAUCUCCCAGAUCAACAUCAGCUACUCGGAGCAGGAACUGGAAGGGCUUGAGCAGCCGGCAAUCGGCUUCAUGAAGUCACUGCUCAUUAAAGAGCCACAGCGUCGGGCCACGGCAGAGGACUGCUUGAGGCACCCUUGGCUGGAGAAGCCCGCACCCCUAAGGGAAGGAGAGGAUGUUUGCGAGGCAUCCCUGGGGCGGCCCGUUUCCAUGACGCCCGAUGCAGCGGAGCAGGUGCAGGGCGAGUGUGAUGCCGAGGGCGCCGAAGGCCGGGUGACGGAGGAGCUCAUCGUCAUGGCAGCCUACACGUUGGGCCAGUGCCGACAGUCAGAGAAGGAGAGCCUGACCCCUGACCCCAAGGUCAUCUCCAAGCGCUUCAAGUUCGAAGAGCCCUUCAGCGCACUGCAGGAGGUCCCUGGGGAGUUCAUCUACUAAAGCCAGGGACACCAGAUCCUGCUUUUAAACCCACCUCAUGGUCUGAACUCAAACGCCAAACCGUCUUUUUUUUUUUUUUUUUUUUUUCCCUUCCUUUUUGUACUUGUGCUGCUUUAAUUUUUCCUGGGUAAGUUAAAAGACUGAGCCUUGCGGUGAUUUGUUUUUAAGUCCGUUUCCUGUUUGGUGCCAUGCUUGAAAUUUUAGACGUCACUGUGUGGACCACUUUUUUUUUUUUUUGUCUGUAUUCUCUUAAAUUUGCCAUCCAUUUCUA